GUUCACAAGAGGCGCUUGGUCCAGGCAUCUGAAAUGUAGCCAUAGGAAAAAGCAGCAUUAAAAUUAUUAUCAUUAUACAUACGUGAGAUACAUACAAAUUAUAAUGAACAGAAAUUUUGUAGAACAUACUUUAUAUUUGCAAAGUAUGUGUUGGGGACAUAUUUCGCAAUAUUUAGCACAACAUAAAACGAUACUGAAAGAUAUGUAGAAUACAAUUAAUUUCACUUUUAUCAUAAUAAAAUAACUAAUGUUGUAAUAAUUCAAAUGACAGAUAAUUGUAGUGUUAAUAUCACAGCCCUGUAGAUCACCAACUGCAUAUUAUUUUGAUGUCAGCUAAAAUGGACUACACGGUAUUUGUUGGUUAUGUUUUUUCUGUUUUACAUUUUAGUAAUUUUAAUUAUAAAUUUACAGGAAAUACAUAGUUUUGCGCUUAGGGAAAAUAAGUUCAAUAGAAACGUUAAUAGUGGAAAAUCUCAGGAAAACUUUCAAGAUGUUCGUGAAAGUAAUGAACGAAAUAUGCUAAGUACAAAGCCUUUUUUUCAAAUUAUUCAAAAUAUGACAAAUACUAAAAUCUCAAAUCUUAAGUAUAACAUUUUUGACAAGAUGUUAUCUGAUGAAAUGUUAUCAAUUAAAAGACAAUUCCAGGAAAAAGAUCUCUCAUACAUACCGGUUCAAAUUAUUACAAAUGUAAGUGUUCAAACACCAACUUUAGAAAUAAAACAAAAAUGGACAGCUGUAGACUAUGAAUAUACAACAACAAAUUAUAUAAGAGAUGUCAAAAAUAUAACAAAACAAAUAAUAAAUGCUGCUGUAAAAGAAGAAGAUAACGCUAAGACUGCAAAUAAAAAUGUUGUUGAUGAAAAGCUGACUAAAAAAGCUUUAGGUCUCAGAAGUUUGCAUCACAUAACUGCGAUUCCUGCACAUGUUAGUCAUUUGAUUACGUCUAAUAAAUCAUGCACUUCUAUGAAGACUAAUCCCUUUGCGAUAUGCAGUCAUAAGCAUACAGCAAUCUCCGAAAAAUGUACACAUACUUCUGGAACCACAAAACGUCCCCAGUGUACACAAACCUUAUCAUCAUUACCAACAUUUUCAUCCAUGUAUGUGCCGUACCAAACUUAUUUUAUAGGAUUACCAAUAAAUACACCUAACAAACACUCUGAUUAUUAUAAUGACGAAAGAGAUGAUUAUGAACUCAAAAUAAAAGAAAAACACAAAACAAAGCCAUAUAAUGACGCAGAUUUGUAUUAUGAAGAAACCGAAGAUACGGUACCACUGAAAGUAAUUGAUAAUAAUAAAUAUUAUAAUUAUGAUUAUUUUAAUAAUAAAGCUGUGACACUGAAACCAUUUAAGAUUGAUGUAUCAAAAAAUAUUAUAAAUAAUGUAGAUUAUGAUGACAAUGCUGUUAAAAUAGACACUAUAAAUAAAGAUACCAUAAAUUUGAACAUGGAUAAUUUGAAUCAAGAUAAAUUAGUGAACGAUAUAGUGAAUGAUUUGAGAAAAUUUUACAGUGAUAUAGUUAUCAAAGAUUGUUAUUGCUCAUCAGAGUCCAAAAUUUAUCGAGUAUCAGUUAUGUGUAUUCUGCUUAGGAGUUUUCUUUCAUUACUACGUGGUUUGUACAUGUUAAAAGUGCUACAUCAGUAA